GCGUCUACUCAGCUUCUGUGAGCGACACUUUCUGAAAACACAAACCGAGCGUCCAGCAGCUGCUCUCGCCGUCCGGGCUUCUCCCAGUUAAAAGAUGGUGGUGCCGAAGCUUUCAGUUUUGUUGCUGUUGCCCUCCUUGAUCCUUCCUCUUUAUUGGACGACCACCUCUGCUCUGUCACAUGACCCCACCUUCAACUACACCAACUCUCGACCCCCCACCAGGGUCAAGAGAGCCAUGCCCUACCUUACUCAAGAGAAAGCAGGAAAAAUCAUCGAGGAAGCAAGAGCUGGUCUGACUUUAGUCAAAGAUGGAUUUGAGCUGUAUGAAAAAGCAAAAACAUUGUCAGGCAUCAUAAAGAAGGUUGCAAAGUUUGCCAGCUUGGCACCAGGCAUCGGAGGUCUGGUAGUGGGCUAUGAUGUGGUCUUGGCCUUCAUUCCUCAGGAGAGCCCCACAGACCAGCUGCAGGCUGAUCUGGAUGAGGUGAACAGGAAGCUGGACUCUCUCUCCAUGGAGAUCUCCAACCUGGCAACGGAUGUGGAAUGGCACAACUACGCCAGCGUCUACUCUCAGGACGAGGUCCGCAUCCUCAACGCCUGGAAGAAGUUCAAUGAGAUCCUCAACAGUUCGAUGUCAGCACAGAGCGAGGAGCAAAAGAUCCGUCUGGCUGAGAUGUUCACCACCUUCUAUGAGAACACGGCCACUGAAGGCAGCGUGGCCAGCCUCUACCACUACCUGACCGUCAGGGGCACGUCUCUCAGCAAGAACCUGCUCGACAUCCUGACCAGGAAGUUUAAAUGCAGCUUUCAUGAUGUGGUCACGUAUGCUUUCUAUUUCAACAGCCUGAUGUAUAGGGGGAUGUUCCCAACCAGGUUCUACUGGAGUCUGAUGGGUUUCAACACGUCAGUCAAGGCAGCUGAACACACCUCAAUGAUGAAACAAGUCGUCAUUGCUGAGAAAAAUGCUCUGAACCAUUGCAACAGCAACUACGAGGAGUAUGUGAAGAUGGACGUGGAGGAGAUCAGCAAAAAAUACAGCUACAAUGACAAAGAAAAAAUUGCUAAGCAGAUAAAAUUGGCAUUGGACAAGAAGUACUUCUGGUACGACUGGGUGGUGGUGGUGUACGACACGAAGCAGGACUACCCUGAUGAACUUUUGGUUUCACUGUAA